GGAAGUUGUAGGGUGUCAGGAGGCGCAUGCGCCAUGAUACAUGCUUGCUGACAGCUAGCAGCAGACGCAGCCAGAUUAGCCAGCUGUUAGCUGAAGAAAGUGGUGAUUUACACACAAAACUGACGUUGAAAUGUUUCGGAGAAAACUAACAGCGCUAGAUUAUCACAAUCCCAAUGGAUUUGAUUGCACAGAUGAGACUCAGUUUAGGAACUGCAUCGUGUGGCUGGAGGACCAGAAGAUUCGACAUUAUAAGAUAGAGGACAGAGGAAACCUGAGGAACAUCCCGAGCUCAGAGUGGCCCACAGCCUACCAGAAGUACCUGCAGGACGUGAACUGUCCAUUUGGAGUUCAGGAGAGGCAGGAGGCUUUAGACUGGUUACUGGGCCUGGCUGUAAGAUAUGAAUAUGGAGACAAUGUGGAGAAGUACAGGAAGUGUGAGCCACUGGCAGCCUCCAGCAACACCAAAGCAGCCGAGCCACUCAUCAACCUUGACAGUAAUUCUCCAGAUUUCAAAGCAGGAGUGUUGGCUCUGGCCAACAUCCUCAAGAUACAACGGCAUGAUGACUACUUGGUUAUGCUCAAGGCCAUUCGUAUUCUGAUCCAGGAAAGACUUUCUCCAGAAGCCAUCAGCAAAGCCAGCCAGAAAAAGGAGGGUGUCCCAGUAGCUUUAGACAAGCACCUCUUGGGUUUCGACACUGGAGAUGCGACUCUGAACGAAGCGGCCCAGAUCCUGCGCCUGCUGCACAUCGAGGAACUCAGGGAGCUUCAGACCAAGAUCAACGAGGCCAUCGUAGCCGUUCAGGCCAUCAUAGCCGACCCCAAGACAGACCACCGGCUGGGCAAGGUCGGGAGAUGAGAGCGAGGAUGAAAAGGAAAGCUGGAGGGAGGGAAGGAGGGGCUGAACCACAGAAGUUUUAAUUUGAUUUUUUUUCUUUGUUUGAAUUGGACAUAAAUGAGUUUGUAUCUUUUUUUCCAGUCGUUGCAUGAGAUCAGACUGUUCAAAUUGGGAAUUUGGAGCAAAGCUGAGCAAAUGCCAAGUUUGCAGAUGCUCGCCAGAGUUGUUGCUGAAUAAUUGAUGCUGAAAAUUUCAACUGAAUUGAUGUUAUUACUUUCUUCAGAGACUUUUGUCGGACCUUCUGGUCAUCUCCACAGGGAUGCUUCUGAAAUAUUCAGAAUGAUUUGUAUCUUUUUUCUCUUUUGUCUGACAAACUUUUUUUUUUUGCAGAUGGAAGAAAAGCUUAUUUUGAAAUGGUUUACACUGAUGCUGUAUGGGAAAACGCAUAAAUACAGCUGAAUAGA